GCCUGCCGAGUCCUGUGAGAGGAAAAAAGGGGUGCAGGAGGAGAUCCCCGUUCUUGCAAAAAUGCAGUUGGCUCUUUUCUUGUCCUGGUGCUGCUGCCUGCAUGGAUGCGCGCUGGGGACUGGCUUCCUUUAUCAAUUCCCAGCAUCAACCCUGCAGCACAACUACCCAGAACAGAGCUCGGGCUCGCCGGGCAGCGGCUUCGCCAGUCGCCGGCAUUGGUGUCACUAUACGGUUACACGGACAGUUUCCUGCCAAGUGCAGAAUGGGUCAGAAACGGUGAUCCAGCGAGUUUAUCAGAGCUGCCGGUGGCCAGGACCUUGUGCCAACUUAGUGAGUUACAGGACUCUCAUCAGGCCCACGUAUAAAAUGUCCUACCGAACGGUGACCACGCUGGAGUGGAGGUGCUGCCCUGGCUUCACGGGGAGCAACUGUGAAGAGGGUUCAUCUGGCCGCCAGCACGGCUCCUUUCCCAACCAGGACCAAUGCAUGAACUGCACGAGACUAGCAGAUAUGACCGAGAGGCUAAACACGCUCGAGGCCAAGAUCCUUCUGCUCGAGGCUGUGGAGCGAAGCCCACCAUUGGAAAACAACCUGCCCAUCACUGGGACGACAGCCACAUGGUAUGAUGAUUUGCUACCAGAUGCCUUUCCCCUGCUGAAUCCUGGAGCUGUCCUGAGAAAAACAGUGGGAUCUGUUGAGCCUAAAGGACACAGAGGUGCACAGGAGCAGCUAAUACCACAGGGGCUGCCGGGACAGGUUGGACCUCCAGGCCCAGUUGGACCAACUGGUCUUCCAGGACCACCAGGACCAAAAGGAGAGAAGGGACAACCUGGUGAGAGGGGCCCAGCAGGGCCACCAGGGCUGUUGGGACCUCAAGGACCGAGAGGACUGCCAGGAGAAACAGGGAUCCCAGGUCCCCCCGGUCCUCCGGGGCCACCAGCCCCCCCAAGCCUCCCUCUUACCUUCCAACAAGGAGUUCUCUACUCGCUCCAGCCCACAGCUGAAAAAGAAAAUGGAGAACCCCAGCUGGCCUCCACCGUCAUCGACACCAUCAUGGCUGGCCUGCCAGGACCACGGGGAGCCCCAGGCCCUGUUGGGCCACCAGGGCCACCAGGAGCAUCAGGACCCAAAGGGCCACCAGGACCUGUCGGAGCCCCUGGAUCACAAGGCUUACCAGGCUCUCCAGGACAACCUGGACCAAAGGGCUCCAAAGGAGACCGAGGAGAGAGAGGACAAGCAGGUCUGGCUGGAGAGAGGGGCAUUAAGGGAUUUCCUGGUGAACCAGGCAAGAAGGGUGAGGAAGGUGACAAAGGUGCUGAUGGGGAAGGUGUUCAACAGCUUCGAGAAGCUCUGAAGAUUUUAGCCGAGAGGGUGUUGAUUCUUGAGCACAUGAUAGGAAUUCAUGACUCUUUAUCUUCCAUUGAGCCAGGCUCUGGACAGGAUGUGAUCCCGGGCUCCCCUCUGCGAACCAGCAUCAAGAUCAAACGUGGAGGACCGCAGCAGCCGCAGGCCUACCAGAUCCUCUCUUCACUGCUGGAUGACAGUGAAGCCAAAAGGAGAAGCAAUCGGAUGAAGUAGGAGCAUCUAUGUGUUCUUCAUGUCUGUUCACCAAUUAAAGAUACAGUAUCCCAGUGCUUAAUUGCAAAGUGCAAAUGGAGUCAGUAGGAGGCUGCAGUGUUGGCAAUGAGGUUUCCUUACCUGGCCAAUACUACGCCCUCGUUGCAGGAAAUGUCUUAUCCUUAACAAAUAGCUCAAAGAGGGUCUGAUGAACAUUUGUCUUGAUUUUGUUGGUUUGCCUUUGGAACAGCAGAUGGCAGGUAUCCUUAGAAGCUGUCUACAGAAAUGACACCUCCUGACUGUGUCUCUGCAGUUUAAUCCUCCCUUUGUUUUCUCACUGCCCUUCAGAGUUACUCAGUUACAGAACUGCUUAACUGGCCGAGACAAUCAAUCCCAUCUAGACUCAAAGUCAAGCCUUACCCUUGUCCAUUGGUACAGUGGAUGGCAUCCACUCUUUUAUGUAGUGGUGUCAUGCUUACUUUCAGGUGAAGAUGCCACUUCCACAGGCCAUUAAAGCAUGACCUGCAAGGAUUUCUUUUAAGGAAAGAGCAAUUAAAACUGUUACUUUGAAAGUUCAGGUAACUCUUUGGAUUUUAGCAUCAAAAACUUGGCUUUUCGUGUUGCUAAUUGCAUGUGAGCAGCGUUAGUUCUAUUUGUGGUUGGCUAAGCAAGGACUUUAGAUGCAAAUGUUCAUGGCAGCAGAGACUUUCUAGCUAUACUCAGUGGUAUUAGAUUGUUUCUGUGAAAACAUAGAGCAGUUUGUAUGAGGUACGACGGAAUUGUGCAAGUUUUCCCAUACCGUGUUCAGCUCGUGCAUACAUCCAGGGGUAAUUAAUGUAAGCAGCAGCAGCAGCUAGUCACAGAAGAGGAUAUUUUGCAAUAGUUUCUUAAUCCUGCAUCAAUAAGGAAAAACGUUUUCACACUGUUUCAUUUUUCUCUUGUGAAUAAACCCUCGCCGCUUGAA